AAAAUUACCGUCAAACAGUCGUGAUAGAUAGAUAACCAGCGUAAAGAGGCUGUGGCGGUGUUUCGGAGUUUCGGCGGAAGUUCAGCGUCCGUCUCCAUUGCCCCUGAUGAAAAGAUAGAAGCUUUUGAUCACCUCGAUCAUUUUCUUCGUUUUCGUCUUUGAUUUUCAAUUCCUCUCUGCGUACUUCACACCAUGGCUACCGCUUCAGUGGCAUUUAAGUCCAGGGAGGACCAUCGCAAACAGAUUGAGUUGGAGGAGGCACGAAAAGCGGGGCUUGCACCAGCCGAGCUUGAUGAGGAUGGGAAGGAAAUCAACCCUCAUAUUCCCCAGUAUAUGUCAUCUGCGCCUUGGUAUCUUAAUGCCGAGAGACCUAGUUUGAAACAUCAAAGAAAAUGGAAAUCUGAUCCCAAUUACACCAAAUCAUGGUAUGAUAGAGGUGCUAAAAUCCAUCAGGCCGACAAGUAUAGGAAAGGCGCAUGCGAAAAUUGUGGAGCUAUGACGCAUGACGUGAAGUCAUGUAUGGAAAGACCACGAAAAGUGGGAGCAAAAUGGACAAACACUCACAUUGCCCCCGAUGAAAAGAUAGAAACUUUUGAGCUUGACUAUGAUGGAAAACGGGACAGAUGGAAUGGUUAUGAUGCGUCAACUUAUGCUCGAGUGAUUGAGAGGUAUGAAGCUAGAGAUGAAGCACGAAAGAAGUACCUGAAAGAACAACAACUUAAGAAAUUGGAGAAGAGCAACCAAAACGGUGAGGAUGCUGCAAGUGAUGAGGAUGAAGAGGAAGAUGACCUAAGGGUAGACGAGGCAAAGGUUGAUGAGAGCAAACAAAUGGACUUUGCAAAGGUUGAGAAGCGUGUGCGUACAACAGGUGGUGGGAGUACAGGAACUGUGAGGAAUUUACGUAUUCGAGAGGAUACUGCAAAAUAUCUUCUUAAUCUUGAUGUCAAUUCAGCACAUUAUGAUCCCAAGACCAGAUCCAUGCGAGAGGAUCCACUUCCAGAUGCAGAUCCAAAUGAAAAGUUUUAUGGGGGUGAUAACCAGUAUAGAAAUAGUGGGCAAGCUUUGGAAUUUAAGGAGUUGAACAUCCAUGCUUGGGAAGCAUUUGAAAAGGGACAAGAUGUUCACAUGCAAGCGGCCCCAUCACAAGCUGAAUUAGUCCAUAAGAGUUUCCUUAUCCGAAGUGAGGAGCUGAAGCAUCAAACAAAGAAAACCAUUAUUGAGAAGUAUGGCAACGCUGCUGAUGAGAACAAGCCUCCAAGAGCACUUCUGCUUGGCCAAACUGAAAUGCAAGUUGAGUAUGAUCGUGCUGGUAGAAUAAUUAAAGGCCAGGAAGCAGCACUCCCCAGGAGCAAGUAUGAAGAAGAUAUUUACAUUAACAACCACACAACGGUGUGGGGCUCAUGGUGGAAGGAUCACCAGUGGGGCUAUAAGUGCUGCAAGCAAACAAUUCGAAAUAGCUAUUGCACUGGUGCCGCUGGUAUUGAGGCUGCUGAAGCUGCAAGUGAUCUUAUGAAAGCUAAUAUUGCCCGUAAGGAGGCUGCUACAGAUGAUCCUGCACCUUUGGAGGAGAAAAAGCUUGCUACGUGGGGUACUGAUGUCCCAGAUGGAUUAGUUCUAGAUGAAAAAUUGCUUGCUGACGCACUCAAGAAGGAAGAUCUAAGGAAGAGUGAAGAGAAAGAUGAGAGGAAACGAAAGUAUAAUGUCAGAUGGAACGAUGAGGUUACUGAAGAGGAUAUGGAGGCAUAUAGAAUGAAGAAAGUACAUCAUGAUGAUCCAAUGAAAGAUUUCCUACACUAAGCUUCAAAAUAAUAUCUUUCAUUGAAAUUCAGGAGCUCGGGAAACUAUUAAUGUUUUUUAUGCAUCAGUUAAUCACUUCUGAGUGGCAUAAUCAUUUCAUAGAGAUUCGAAAAAGGCUUACCUGCUGAGCAGUCACUUCCAUCUCCUUUUCCUUAGAAUGAGAUAAAGCUUUUGCUGAUGCACCUUUUGAGCUUCAAUUUUGUCCCUGAUAAGAUAAAGCUCAUCCACCUUGCUUGUAUACACUUAAUAAGCUUCACUCCAAAAAAGGUUAACUUCGUCUGUUGAUGAAUAUCAAUAUACCAGAACCACAAACGAAAACAUACCUGGAAGAGAGACAUGGGAAAGACGCAUGAUGUCAUUACAGACAAAAUCAUGUUCAUCCAAGCUAGCUCAAGAGCAACAUCUGGCCGGAUAAUAUCAUUACAGACAAAGACGCAUGAUGCAAA